AUGCGAAGGCAGGUGAAGAAGGUACUGAGGGAGAAAGCAGAUGACUCCAUGAAACCCGGCUGGGACGUUUAUCAACCGUCGAAUGAUGUGGUGUACGCCUUUAACCACUACAUGCAGGGUUCCCAGAUUGAUGCCGAGGCGAGGGAGAAGGCCGAAAAGGCCUUUCAGGAGGCUGUGAAAAAGCAUCCAUUUCACAACAACGCCGACCAUACAGUUGACUUCCAUGGUACCACAGUGUUCAGAAACGCAAAGGGAAAGGUCUGUGGGGUGUUAAUACCAAAGGCUCUACCAUCGUUCGCAACCUCUAUGGCAGCGGACGUCCUUGAGUGCGCGGUGGCGCGUACCUCCCUUCGUUCGGCACUGUUCGGUGGGGUUUCCCCUAAUAGUGGCAUUGCUGGUUAUUUCGACUACCGUGGUACCCCCGUGGAACUGAAGUGUCGCAAGACCUCCUUUACCUACGAGCACACUAAAGAGUGGCGAAGUGUGUUCCCUAUGAUUGACUAUACGAGCGCAAUUUAUAAGGCUGCUCUUCCAGACCACUGGAAAGCACAGGAUGCAGCGGUGCCGGACGUAGUACGCAUCCACGGUUCUCCUUUUUCGACACUGACAGUCAAUGAGCGGUUUCGCACCGCCUCACACACAGACAAUGGCGACUUCGAUAACGGUUAUGGUGUCCUAGCUGUGCUCAAAGGUGAGUAUAGUGGUCUUAGCCUAGCCCUCGAUGACUAUGGUGUUUGCUUCAACAUGCAGCCAACAGAUGUCUUACUCUUCGACACGCACCUGUUCCACUCAAACACGGAGCUAGAGGCCAAGGAGGCCAACGCUACCUGGAAUCGGUUGUCGUGUGUGUUCUACUAUAGGGCGGCUCUGGGGGAGCAACCUUGCGUGGAGGAAUACCGGAGGCGCCUUAAGAAGGCUAAGGAAGAAAAAUCCACGUCGCUCUCUUUCAACCAUAUUGAGCAGAAGGACAACGGAGAAAACACCAAUAAGCCUGCCCCGGUAUAUCCGGUUUCCUUGACACCGUUUAGUUGUGCAGCAAGUGCAUGGGCCCUACGUGGCUGUGCAGCUGCGAUGCUCACCAGGUUGCACGGCUUGGUGCGAGAAAAUGCAUCGCUGAUGACGGAACUGUUUGGUGAGCCGGUGGAAGUAGCUGAUGGACUACCGCGGCGCGCACCGGAAGAAAUUAUACCAGUCCACAAGCACACCAAUGUGCAAAUGCAUUAUUUGGGUGGGUUCAGCGAGAAGGGCGAUAUUUUGAACGAAGCUAUGAAUAAGCGGCAUUAUCUUGACAAGGAAAAUCUCCAAAAAAUGUUUGGAGAAGAGUUCGUUAACAUAUGGACUCAGAGUCGAACACACUGGCUACAACUCGUGAAAAAGGAAUGGGAACAUCAAAAGGAGACCAACCCGACCCGCACAAGAUUCAGUUGGAACAAUACGUCUGCCAUGAACUUUGCCUUUUUUGACUUGUGCGAUGUAGCGAAGCAGCUGAUGUGUGGAGCAUUUGGUGACCGUGAAGUAAACAAGAAGGAAGAGCAAAGCUUCUGGGGAAUGUUUGCCGCCCACCUGGAUAAUGCAUGCAUAAAUGAAAUUGGUAUGCUCCAAGGCUCCAUGGGCAUGCACAAACUUAACGUCAAGUUGAAGGAUUACAACUUCGGGGGGACACGCUACCUCAAGGACAUGCCACCGGAGGAGCAGGAAAGGAGGCGAAGGAGGCGCUUGGAGAUCGAGCAAGCGCGGAGGCGUGCACCCAUCUGUGACAGUGAGUCGGGCGAUUGGCUACGUAACGAGGCCUUCGAUUACCAGACGGAAGAUGUAGCGGUUAACUAUGAACGGGAGCAGUGGAUAACACCAGAAAAUAAUGCAAAACGCUUCGGUUUCCCGGAACGCGGGGUCUAUGGUGCUGAAGGUGCUGCCACGGGUACCAUUAGCGUUCUUAUUGUUCUUCCAAAGCCCACCAACCAUCGGCAGAAAACGUGUGAACUGCCAACGUCGCGGGAAGCAGAUCGAAUUAUGAAAAACCCUGCUGCACAACGGCUGUUGUGCGCAAAGCCUUGUAACAUAGGGCUCUCUACCAGCAGUAAUAAGUCACGCACCGUGCUUUGCGGUAAUAUCCGGAUUGAUAAAGUCUUUGAUGGUGGUAGCGUUGGUGGAAAAAUGUACGAUUUCGUGAUCAUGCGUCACCUUCUUGCCGCAACCACCGGAGAGCGUGAACCCCUGGAAUGCCUAGUGCGUUGGACAUCCCUUGCUCGAUACUGUACCUUCGUUGUCGAGGUUGACUUGUUAGACAGACACCAUUACAUCCUCAAGAGCGAAAUAGGGGAGGAGUACAGUGCGGUUUCGGAGAUAUGCUUUAGCGCGCUCUACUCCGCAACCUAUGCACGAGACAAGGUCAAUCUACGUACUACCCCUUGUCUUUUGUCCUUCAUCGAUAAAAGCGGAAACAUGUUGGAGUCUCGAUUCAAGUUCAAUGGAUCGCCCUUGAAUACGGUGGCCUUUGUCGUCCGCAGACGGGAGAAAUAG